CACACCCUCCUGAGCAAUGCAGUUGAAUGUGGAGGUAAGAUCCAGCAGCAGCAGUACUCAUAUGACUACUACUGGAACAGUUUACAACCACUGCGGCAACAGCGAUGGCAAUUCUGUACUGAAUAUUCAAGUUGCUGCUCGGCUCAGAGCAUGGAGGGGUUCUUGGCCCAGGAAAGAAAAUGCCAGGGCUGGCUAUAUCUGGGCAAGCUUCCUAAUUUGCAGUGAAAUGGCCAUUUGCUUCCGGUUCUUUAUCCUCUUUCCUUUGAUGCCACUUCUUGUCUCAGGUGUGUUACUGCCAUCUCCUCGGAACAUCACGAUUCUGUCCACCAAUAUGAAGCACUUUCUGGUAUGGAGCCCAGUGAUUGUACCAGGGGAAGCUGUAAAAUAUUCAGUCGAGUUUCAAGGAGAAUAUGAGAGAGACUAUGCCAACGACAGCUGGAUUCCCAUUGGAGAGUGUACAGGAAUUAGCGUUACUCAGUGUGACAUCACCGAAGACAUUUCUGCCACUGUGCCAUACAAUCUACGUGUUAGGGCAGCUCUGGGGUCACAGGCCUCACAUUGGGCCACUCUCAAUGGUUUCUUCAAUCGCGUCACAACAUCUCUCAUUCCACCCAUGGUAACCGUCACAGCUGAUGGAUAUCAUUUACUAGUGGAGCUGGAACACCUAGGGCGUGCCUUUGAAUUCUGGAUAUUUUACUGGAGGAAGGGCCAAGAGCACAAGAUAUACCACAAAGUGUUGAAAGACAGCGGCACUACUGUACAUCUGGACACCAUGGAAGGUGGUGCUGAAUACUGUGUUAAAGCCCAAUCCUAUGUUGAGGCCAUAAACCGGAGCAGCAACUUCAGCCAGGUGCAGUGUGUGAGGGCCGAAGAUGGCAAAACUAUAUUGGUGACUUUUGCCCCACUCUUCUUUUUUGUCUUUGUUGUGACUGUUUUGGCCCUUCCUUGGGUUGCCUGGAAAACAUGUUGGAUCUGCCAGUAUUCCUGCUUCCCGAAUGAGAGCCUGCCAGACACUUUGAAACUAACAGAAUCACCUGCUAGGAUACUAAAUUACAGGGGAGAGGAGAUGGAGAAAUGUGAUGAGUUUGUGCAAGUUCUACCCCCUGAAGAGCUUCUCCUCCGCUUCUGGAUUCAUGAAACUCUUUAAUAUCGUACCGAAGACACAGUCUGCAAAAUGAGACUGCAAUUCUGCUCUCCUUCUUGCCUCCUGAAGUGAGGCACACAUGUAGCAUUACUUUCCUAACAUAAAGUCUGGAAAUCAAGGAUUUGCUUUCUUCAAAGGGAAAAGCGCUGUGUGGCAAGCAAGACUGUGAUUCCUGUGCUCGGGAUUUCACAGGGAGACUGGCUCCGAUCCAUCCAUUCCUGUCUGACAGAGAACUGGAGCCAAGCUCAUGAAUAAACACAGAAGCCAUGUUCUUAGCUACUUGUCAUCACCCACUUAUUUGUUGUUGUUAUGUGCCUUCAAGCCGAUGGCAACCCUAUGAAUCAGCCACCUACAAUAGCAUCUGUUAUAAACCACCCUGUUCAGAUCUUGUAAGUUCAGGUCUAUGGCUUCCUUUAUGGAAUCAAUCCAUCCCGUUUGGCCUUCCCCUUCUUCUACUCCCUUUUGUUUUCCCCAGCAUUAUUGUCUUUUCUAGUGAAUCAUGUCUUCUCAUUAUAUCUCCAAAGUAUGAUAAUCUUAGUUUCAUUAUUUUAGCUUCUAAAGAUAGUUCUGGUUUAAUUUGUUCUAACACUCAAUUAUUUGUCUUUUUCACAGUCCAUGGUAUCUGCAAAGCUCUCCUCCAACAACAGAUUUUGAAUGAGUUGAUUUUUCUCUUAUCCACUUUUUUCACUGUCCAACUUUCACAUCCAUACAUAGAGAUUGGGAAUACCAUGGUCUCAAUGAUCCUAACUUUAGUGUUCAGUGAUACAUCUUUGCAUUUGAGGACCUUUUCUAGUUCUCUCAGAUGCUGUCCCCAGUCCUAGCUGCCUUCUAAUUUCUUGACUAUUGUCUCCCUUUCAGUUAACGACUGUGUCAAGGUAUUGAUAAUCCUUGACAGUUCAAUGUCCUCAUUGUCAACUUUAAAGUUGCAUACAGCUGAGAUUUAAAGAUCUUGGGGUGAUUACCAUGUGUUCGUUUUUGCUUUUUUACAUAGAGGUGUAAUAUCAGAAGGAGAUGCAUGCCCAAUGCUGACUUUGUAAGGAGGAGCAGGUGUGUAUGCAGGGAGGGAGGGACUGCAGCUUAGUGGAAAAGCACAUGCUUUGUAUACAGAAGGUCCCGGUUCAAUCCCUCCAGUUACAAGAAUCAAUUAGCAGAUGGGGUUGGGGGUGGGAACUCCCUGAGACACUAAGAAGCUGCUGCGAGUCAGAGUAGACAAUACUGGGCUAGAUGAAUAAAUAGUCUGACCUGGUAUAAAGCAAUUUAUGUUCCUCUUAGUCACAGAUCUCUCCUGUAGGAAUAUUUUUCACAGAUAAUUCUUCCACUGUAACCCUAAACUGUGGUUAAUCUUAACUGUGGUUUGUUGUAAUAAGCUCUUAAACUAUGGUCUAAAGUUAGGGUUUUUCCCCAGCACUGUUAAUUAAUCACAGAAUGUCAAGCUCCAAUGACAUGGCAAGUUGUGGUUCCUUUUUUAAAAAAAAGGAAGCAAAAGUUGUUGAACUCCUUCUUGUGUCUACACCAGAGAGGUUCACCUAGGCUACUUGUAACACUAAACUUGGUUUAGCAUUAUAUCUGAACCAGCUCAAUGAGAGAAGGCUCUCACUUGUAAUGUAGGCAUUCCAGAAUUUAACAAAAAAUUCAGCGACACAUAGGCUGUCUGCUUUGCCUGUUUUUCCAGCUUAGCUCCAAGUUCCUGAAAGCUGUAUACUUCCAGUUCCUACAUCUGAUUGGCCUAAACCUGGCCACAUGUUCCUUAAAUUAAACCACUUGCUGCAAAACUUGGAGUGUGUUGCUUAAAAAACUCCAAUUUCUGAGCCAGCUUUUGAAGUAAAACAGAAAAGGAUUUGCUUUGUUUUUAAUUAUGUGAGGUAUUGAAAGGCUUGGAAAAGAUUUUUAAAUACUGAAACAUGCACUUAAUAUGUGGUUGUACACAUGUCUAUUAUUUUAAGUUCAGUUCACGAACUCAGAGGUCUGCAAAGGUUAUGGUAUUCUUUUAUUCCGAGUACUACAACUCUAUGUUAAAGUCUAUACUGUAUAGUCCAAAUGUCAGUCAUAAAAUAUAUCUGGAAAGCAAAAGAAUGUAGUGUGUGUGUGUGUGUGUGUGUAUAUAUAUAUAUAUGUAUAUAUGUGUAUAUAUAUGUAUAUGUAUAUAUAUGUAUAUAUAUAUGUAUAUGUAUAUAUAUGUGUAUAUGUAUAUAUAUAUGUAUAUGUAUAUAUAUAUAUAUAUAUGUGUGUAUAUAUAUAUAUAUGUGUGUGUGUGUGUGUGUGUGUGUGUAUAUAUAUAUAUAUAUAUAUAUAUAUAUA